UAUUGAGUACUUUGCUGUCUCUUGUAUUCACAAUCAACUUCGUUGCUGCACCAAGUCGUCGUCAAUCCGAAACGUUGUAGUACUUUCAAAUAGAUUACAAUGUCAUUGUUCUUUUAUGUCGUGAAUAGAUAGUUCCCCAUUUUAUCCAGUUGAUAAUGACAUAUCCUUUGAGUUUUAUAUUUCCAAGGUUGGAUCGUUUCCAGUGCCAUUAACUCAUGAAAAUAUUUUAUGUAACAGCGACCUUUAUAGCUUAUCAUACUUCGACUGAGACGAUUAUCACAAAUAGGAAGACAAUAAUUGACAGAUACACUAUCAAGAUAUAUUCAUUGCAAUCUCUCAGAGCCAAUUUACCACACGUUGACACGGAGUGACGAGUUAUGAACAAGAAAUCCUGAAAAUAAAACGACGAGUUUCAACAAAGUCACGUCGAGAAUGACUGAAGUCUCGAUUGGAACAUCACAAAACAGCCCAACGGAGGCUGGUACACAAGGAGAAAGAGUUGGUCACUGUCUUUUCUUCCAAAGAGGAAAGGCUUAAGAAUAGUUGUGAUAUUCUUUAUUUAGAUUUGUAAAUUACACUAUAAUCCAUCGACUUGUUGAAAGGGAUCCCCUCUUCGAAGCCCGCCAAUCUCCAAAUUAGACUUAUAGACUGAACGACUUAAAUGGAGGAUAAUAAAGAAAAUUUAGAUACGUUAGAUGAUGAAAACACACAAGAUACUAUGCAGCUUGGAAGGAGUACCAAGCUUACUGAAGAUGCUGCAAAUACUACCAAGACAAUGACAAAUAUUGCGAGUAUACCGGGAGAUAAGAAAAGGCGUCGUUCCUACCAAAAAAGGGUAUCCUUUGGAGGAAGCCAAGUAAAAAUUUUUGAUCGAAAUGAAGAAGAGUGGAAUAUAGCAGACGAAGUGCAUAACGAGCAUGACUACACAGAAACCAACCCACAAAUCACCAAACAUAUUUAUAGUUCGACUUUCAACAGUGACAAUGCCGAUACCAUAACUAUGCCCAGUCUUUCGACUCUCUUGAAAGACACCGAAGGAGAAACCGCUGAGUGGAAAAUGUCCUAUGAAUAUUCAACAGAUAUAUCCAAUAGAAAAACUUCAAAGGAAGAUAAUGACUAUUCUGAAGAUACAGAAGAAUUCGAUGAUAUCACCAACGCCAACAACUCGCUCAGUUUUUUUAUGGAUGAAGACGUUUCCAAAGCAGCAAAGUUGCCUCGGAUAUCUAUUGGUGACACAACCAUAUUUCCAUCCACUCGUCGUAACUACGAUAACGAUACAGAGUUGAACUCUUCCAAGCAAGAGAAAAAAGAUUAUGAUCCGUUUGAUGCCACAUAUACCGAGAUAACUGAAAAGAUACCAAAAUUGAAUGAUCUAUUAGGUGAGGACGAAACACUGACUUCCAAUUGGGAGAGCGUUCGAAAAUCUAUCGAAACCUACCAAAAUCAUGCGGAGGAGGUAGAAGAAGAUGAUGCUGAUGCUAGUUUUGAAAAAAUGUACGGAAGAGUCUUCGGUAGUCCCUCUGGCAAAGGAGAUGCUGAGCAACUUUACGAUACUAAAGAGAUGACUGCAGAAAUUACAAAGUCCAUUCCAUCUUUACGCAUGUUAAUGGAAGAAGAUACAACUGUAAGCCUCCCUCGAAUGCCAGUAAAUGCUUCAGAGUUGAAAAAUAUUCAACGACAAAUACAAAUGGAUGAUACAGAAGACAAGAGAAUGUAUGAAAAGAGAAAUGAAAAAGGCGAAACUAAAGACUAUGCAGAACCUUAUGAAACAGCGAUAGAAGCGCAGUCGGCUGUAGAAGCUCCCAAUGAAGAGGACUGGAGCAUUUCAACAACUGACUUCAAAAACCUGCUUCAGUCAGAAAGAGAUCAGAAUGAAGAAAAUGAGCUGACCGAUACAAUGAAGGAAAGCAAUCGAGAUUAUACUUGGCCAGUAUCACGACCGCAAACAGAUAAUGAAGAUUGGACGUUUCAAGAAAUUGUUCCAACUCAAGAGACAGGCAAGGAUGAUAGGACACCGAAAUUUCGAUUCGUUAAAAAACCUCCAGUCUACACUCCCAAUAGAAAAGUUCAAACAGAAUCGAAAGAUAAUCGCAUCGCAGAACAUCAUGAACCAAAUAGAGAUAACAGUACAGUGCAAAAUGCGAAACCAUCGGCAGUUUACACACCAUCUCCUAUCGCUGCUUCUAUAAAUAAGGAAACUAGGACAAACUCUACAAUGAAGAGUUCUGGUCAGGACAGGAAACAGUCCCUCGAAUUUCGGAGAAAAUCGAUCGCAGCCAACGUCAAACGACUUUCAACGCUACCUUCUACAAGAUCGAAUACAUACGAUUCCACACCGUCAAAUAAUAAGUGGAAUGCAGGUCACUGGGAUAGUCUUCAAAAACAAGAAGCCUUUGGAGAUGAUGACGAUAGUGAGUUGCAUGCAUUAACAGAAAUAUUCAUGACAAACGAAAAUCCGACAAACAAGAGUUCCACUAGCAGGCAACAAAGUCAUAAUGCGGUCUCAGAAUUUCUUCAAGAAGCAAAAGUUCGCUUCUUAGAUAACGUUUCUUCACGAAGACGACAAACUUCGUAUGGCAUAUACACCACGGAUGAUCGUUCGACUCCUGAAAAUGAAGAAAGCAAGAUUUUAGCAGUAACAGGAUCCUAUGGAUGGCUCAAAAAGCUGGAAGAACUCUGUGAGAAGCUUGAAACGUCGUGCACUGAUACAGAAACACGAAUAAGCUCAACGGAAGAUACACUCAACAAAGAACCUCCGGAAUUACUUUGCACAGUGCUGAAGAAAGACUUUCCAAAACAGCAAUUGACUAGGCUUCAAAUCUCUAUGAAGCGCUUGAAAAAUUUCUGUCGACUAGAGGCGCGCUGUAGUUGGUACGAAAGAAGAUUGCAGUUUGAAAAUGAACUCGCGUCCGAGCUAGAAUAUUGGAUAUCUCGUUUUAAGGAAGAGAUGCAAUCCAUAGAGUCCCAUAUUGAAUCGAUGCAAAGACUUUCUUCGGAGUUUGAUGACAUAGCAGAGUCGCAAAAGUUAAGGCUACAACCUUCUCCCCUUCCAGUUGAAGAACAACGUAAACUCGAAUCUAUUAUUGCCUCUUUACAGGAGCAAGAAAGUGUUCGCGAGGGUUUCUUACAUUCUAUCCAAACUCUCGAGAAAGAAAUUAUGCACAAAGAAGAUGAAAAGCAAAAAAUUCAGCAAGAAGGUUCGCUUCUGUCAAAACGCAGACAGUCAUUAGAGCAGUAUGUGCUUUCUUCUUCAGAUGCUGCAAAGACAAAUGCGAGGUCUAUUCAAGAGCGCUUUGAGUUGUAUUGCUUUCUUUUAGGCGUUUCUAUCCGACAAAUAAGCAAGACGUGCAUCGAUGUUGUCAUUUUAGAUAGGUUAAAUAUGAAGAUUGGGUUCAACAAUGACAAUCACAUAUUCUGUAUUUCGAAAAUCGAGUCAAAAGCUUCUGAUAUGGUCUUAUUGAAUAAUUGCAUUGCCCCUUUUGUUUUCGAGUCUUUGGAAAAUUUGAAACCCAUGCAAUUUCGUAAUAUCUUAUGGUCCACGGUUUACAAACUGACUCUUGUGAACCUGAUUGAACUGCAGCUGAACUCUAUCAAAGGUUUAUAUAUCGUAAAUACGAUGGAAAAAGGCUUUGGCUUUGUUGUGGAAUCAUUGUUUGCCUCAAGUAAGCUUGGAUGGAAAUUCUAUGUUCGUUGCCAAUGUGAAGAUCUAUGGCAUCUAUCUCCUAUCGCUUGGGAGAUUGAGAGCAUUUUUGGACAAUGUGAACAAUCAUCGUCUUUAAAAGACCAACUGAACACACUUGUUACCGAAAACUCUCCUCUCAUAGAUGGCAUGAAGACCGUGAGUCAGUGGUUAUCUGAACGAAGAUCGUCUUUGAGUCACAACUUAUAGUUUUAAACUGAUAGAGACUGGUGCCUUCAGUUAACUUUUUCUAUCUACCUUGCGGAUAUACUUGAUACUUCCUUUUCAUUUGGCACUGUCAUUAUAAACCUCUUGUCUUUUCGCUCUAUAAUUCAAUU